CAGCAUGGAGCAGUCCUGGCCCCUGACCAGCCUGCCCAACCUCAGCUCGGAGGAGCAGCCCUGGCUGAAGCCGCCCGCGACCAGCCUGUGCAACCAGAGAAGAACGGAGCGAGAAAGCGUUCCGCAUCACAGCGGAAAGGUAAAGCCACUGAUGUACCUGAGAGACACAAAAGGGCAACUGACGAGGGCCUCGUCGUAAGGCGCACUGGUGUGCACUGGCAGGUCAGGAGCAGCAACAACUCCCAACGGUGGUACACCGUUUUCAGGACGGAGAAUCCGUUCUGUUGCUGUGCCAGCCGCUGCUUCAGCUGCCCAACAAAUUUGUGUGGGCACAUGUAUGUCUGCACGUGCCCCGACUGGAGCCCACUGUGCAAGCACGUACAUGCUGUUGUAUUGCACACAAGCACAGGAUCGGCGUAUGAAAUUAGUGAGGAUGAGGAUGCUGGGACACCUAGUGCCAAUAAGAGGGUGUGUCCAGACCCUCAACCCUCGUCAGCGACUCCGCCGUCGCAGAAGCAGGUGCCGCAGCAAACGCGGCAAGCGGUCCUGACCAACUUCUUUCAGGUGUGCCGCCCCGCCCAGCCGGACCCCCAGCCGACGACGAAUUGUCCGUUGGAGCAGCUGGAUGCAGAACUGGCCUGUCCUUCCCCCCCACCCCAUCGUCAGGUGCUCCUGAACCUGGACAUCCAGGAGGAGCAGGAGCUGGAGCCGUGGGAGCUCGAGGAGCCCCUGACUGAAUUUGACAAAGAAGCUUUGGACAUUUUCCACACAGUUGGAGAUGGAUUGGUCACUGUGGACGAGCAAACUGCAGACAUCCUCAGAUGGUCUGCAACAAGGCUCCCCGUUACCUAUGUGUACACCAUUGACCGGGAGGGGCUCCCCAUGGCCACCCUUAACACCAACGUGCGCCAUGGGAACUGGAUGGUUAUAGCAACAAAUAACAACUCAGCAGAAGAAAUUGCUAGAGCUGUUCGCGACGCUGAGAUGACAACCGGGAUUUCUAUGAACCCAGAGUGAUUUUAUGAAUAAAUGUAAAAAUGUAUGAAUGUGUAAAUGUAUGAAUGUAUAAAUGUAUAUAUCCAUAUGCAUAGUCCAUGAUGAGACUUUUUUGAGUUUUUUUUGGGAAAAAAUCCUUCAGUUUUGGUUCAUGUUUCCCUAAUGUAAGUAAUGCAUUGUAUGCCAUCUUAUAUUUUAUAACUAUA